UUCGAAGCGGCACGAUCAUCUGCAUGCGGUCACGUCAAACCGGUUUCAUUUAUUAGACUACUUUAGAAAAAUGUUCAAGCCUAUUGUGAUAUUCGUUGCUUUAAAUUUACUUUUAAGUAUUUAUGUCAGUGAUGUGAAGAGCGAGAAACAGCCGGUUGUACGGACCCCGCUAGGCGAAGUAGCAGGGUACUACAUGCAAACCAGGGGAGGGAGGCAGAUAGCUGCAUUUACAGCAAUCCCUUUCGCAGUCCCUCCCGUGGGAGACUUAAGAUUUAAGGCCCCAGUUCCUGUGGAGCCAUGGCAAGAAACGUUAGAUGCGACCAAAGUCAGCCCUGUCUGUGUACAGAGGAACCCGUACACUCGGCAAGAAGAAAUCGUUGGACAAGAAGAUUGUUUGUACCUUAACAUCUAUACACCAAUCACUGACAAUGAUGUGGGCGAGAAGAAGAAGUUGUUACCGGUCAUGGUGUUCUUACACGGAGGUGGUUGGAUGUGUGGAAGUGCCACCACUGACAUGUAUGGACCGCAGUUUCUUCUGGAUAGAGAUGUUGUAUUUGUUGCGACGAACUAUAGAUUGGGACCUCUAGGCUUCCUUUCUACUCUAGACGAGAAUUGUCCCGGCAACAAUGGCCUUAAGGAUCAGCAAGAGGCUUUACGGUUUUUGCAAAAAACUAUAAAGAGUUUCGGCGGUGACCCGAACUCUGUAACUAUAUUCGGAGAGAGUGCUGGAGGGGCGAGCGUUCACUACCACAUGAUAUCAGAGACCAGCGCAGGACUGUUUCAUAAAGGAAUAUCAGAGUCAGGAACAGCUCUUGUACCGUGGGCCGAAGCCCCGCCUGGAGAGCCCCUCCGCAACGCUUUCUUCCUGGCAAAGUCCCUGGACUGUCCUCAGGCACCUUCUGCUAAAAUGAUCGAAUGUCUUCGCACUAAGGACAGCUAUGAUAUCAUCGGCACGGAAUUCAGUUUUUACAAAUGGGAUUAUGAACCGAUGACUCCAUUCAAAGCUGUGGUGGAACCCAGCCUUCCCGGUGCAUUCUUGACGAGGAGUCCUCGUAAAGUACCAAACGUUCCUGCAGUUCCCUGGAUGACGGGCCUUACCAAAGACGAAGGCUGCUUGAAAUCAGUUUGGAUUACGGCGUAUAAAAACAGAUACCUGGAAUUCAUGUCCGGUUUUGAGACGAUCGGUCCGGUAACAUUUUACUACGAAAACUCGCCUUACGCUGAGGAAAUUACGCAGAAAAUCCGUAAUAAAUACUUUAAAGAAAAUGAUGAACAGGCUACGCAAAGAGGAAUUCUUGAUAUUUAUACAGACUCAUAUUUCGCUUACCCAGCCAUAGAAGCUAUAGAGUUAGUAUUCAACUACACCAAGAAUCCUGUGUACCUUUACGAGCUUACAUAUAGGGCUGCCAACAGCUUCUCACAAAUAUUUGGUGACCCGCAAGGAGAUUAUGGUGUAUGCCACGCUGAUGAUCUUAUGCAUUUGUUCCCAAUCGAGUUUCUCACAAAUCCCAUUACACCAGAAGAUCUAAAGAUGAGCGAAACCAUCGUAACUCUAUGGACCAACUUUGCAACUACAGGAAAUCCUAAUAAACCUGUACCCGUGCCAUUCAAGUGGGAAACAGCAACUUCUGGACGAAAUAUGGAAUACCUCGAAUUAGGACCGAAGCCCCAAAUGAAGAAAGACCUGGCGCCCCGGUCACGCUUCUGGGGCACAUUACCCCUGUGGCAAAAUAUGCGCAAUCACAGAUUUAUGGAUGAACUAUAAAUAUUACCUAAUAUUAAAAUGA